AUUUCGUUGGAUAUCAAGAUAAAUAUAGAAGAAGAUGUGCGAUCUCUCAAAUUGAACAUAAUUUUAUGUUAUAUCUUUAUUUUUCUUAUGGAGAAAAAUGUUCUUUUUAUUUUUAUGUUUUAUUUACAUUUAUGUAAGUUUUGUUUAAUAACUCAAGCAUAUCUUUUUAAUAAUAGUUAUAUGAUUAUUUUUCUAAAAUGUAAUGCUUGAUAAGGCACGCCCCCAUUGCGCGUGGAGAGAGACUAGUAAUAGUAAUGCCUUUAAUUGUAAAAAUACUUUUUGAUUUCUGCAGAAAGAAGAAUAUUAAUUGAGAUAGACAAUGAUUCGGAAGCAAGGAAGCAAUCAGACGAUACAGUGAGAAUAGACCCUUUGGACAAUUUCAAGAAAUACAGAGGAGGAUUUGACAUUACAGAUAAACACUAUUGGAGCUCCACCAUCUUUACAGGUAUAUAUGGCUAUGCCAUUGCAGUAGUGUGGCUAUUCUGUGGCUUAGGAUAUGGACUAUAUGUUCUAGCCUCUACCUACUGCUGUAAAAGGAAGAACAUGAAGCUUAAGAAGAGAUCAACUUAACAGCUACAGGCCUGGUACUAGGAGGGAAUGCGAAACUACGUUCAAGAACAGAUAAAGUUGUGAACAUUAUCAUUGAUACAGCAGAUGAGGCAUCAGAGACUAUAUAUACUACUACUGGAGCCUUGAGAGAUAUGAAUACUGACUUAGAAGAUACUGAUAUAGUUGAUGAGGCUGCUAAUUUCCUCAUUCCCACUUCAAAAAGUCUUGACAGACAGGCUGCUGAUAUACAUCGGGGAGCCACUAAAAAUAGGCGUUUAGUCAAGAAAAGCCUCGAGAUACUGUAUAUAGUAACUACACUGACUAUUUCACUCAACUUGGCUGCUGCAAUUUUCCUAACAGUAUUUGGAACCCUUAAACUUAGAAGAAAUUUUCACCUGCUAAUCGCAGUAUGUUGGAUCUUUACAAGUCUCUACUGGUUAAGUUUUGGAAUUUAUUUCUUCCUAGAAAACUUUGCUGGAGAUGCAUGCACAGCUUUAGAAAGUUUCCGGAAAAAUCCCUAUAAUAAUAGCUUGAGUUCGAUCCUCCCCUGUGAUGAAUUGCUCUCAGCACAAUCAAUCCUAUAUACUGCCAGUGAAGGGAUUCAUAGAGUAGUGAACAAGGUAAAUCGGGAGCUAUCUACAAAUUAUGGAAAUGUUGCACAAAUAUGCAAUCCAUUCUCCGGCCCACCAGACUAUAACUACGAGCCUGAUGAGAACUGUCCAUCUAGCGCAAUCAGGAUAGGAGAGCUCCCUGGGAUAAUCAAGAUGCUGACUUGCACUGAUCCAAGCUGUUAGGGAGGAGUGUUGAUCCCAUAUAGGAUCUUCUACAACAUUGAGUCGUAUAUAACUGCUCUCAAAAAGAUACUGGAUGUGUACCCUGGAAUUGAAAGCCUAGCAGAAUGUAACAUCGUGUACAGUUCAUUUUCAGAUAUACUUGACAAACAUUGCAAACCAUUAAAGAAAAACGCGCAUAUGACAUGGGCAGGACUUGUUUUGCUGUCAGUAGUAAUGGUCGCGUUAGUCCUCGUAUGGACAUUCAAGGCACACCAUGAAAAGGAUCAUCACAACAUGGAUAGUUCUAUUAAGCCUCAUUUUUCUGCAGCAGUAGAUAUGCUAGAAUUAGGCACGGUUAAAGAAGUCAAGACUGACUCCAAAAUCAAAGUUCAAUCAGGGAAAUAGCAGCCACAGUAUUAGUUACAGUAUUGUACAGAUUGAAAAGAUUGUAGGAUUUUACAAGAGUACAGAAGAUUAAAGGGAUCUUUCUGUAUGGGAAACAUUACCAACAAAUUGGGAAUUGUUUUAAAAAAGUUAAAACAAUCCAGCUAUGGGGACAAACCUCACAAUGGCAUGUAAGAAAUUCAAAGAAGGAAGAAAUGUAUUCAUUCAAUCUUUUUCAAGAA